AUGCUCGGCGGCGAGUCCUCCAAGAAGACAGUGGGCCCCGGCGAGAAGACUGCCCGCGGGGUCGCUGCGAACGUCAUGAGUGUUUACGCCUAUGGGUUCGUCGGUCCCGCCAGGAUGCAAUUUUCCGGCGGGGGGCCCACCA